AUGGCUCAAUUUAAUUCACCAAUCCGGAAAGCAAAACAAGAACAAGAAUGGCAUGAAUGCCGACAGAAUGAAAAUGAAACAAUAAAUGAAUUUUUAAUUCGCCUUCGUGCUCUUUGGAGAGAGCAGAAACCGAAAGAAAUUGAGGCCGAUUUAGUCAAACAUCUAUUCUGUAGAAUGCGGAACGAUUUACUAAAUAUGAUCGGAACACCUCCGAAUACGUCGUUAGACGAAUUAAUUGCUGAAGUUCAACAGAUAGAACAAAUUUUAUAUCGUCGAGUCAAGAAUGAACGGGUAUUACACCAAUUCAAACAAUCACCACAACAAGAUAUCGAAAUAGCAUCCAAGAAACGGAAUCAGUAUGAGCGUUGGCAGUCGAAACCAUCCUGGUCAAACAACGGACGACCACGAUCGACCUAUCCAAGAGAACCAAGAUCUUACCAGACAAAUGAAGCAACAGUCAAUCAUUAUUCAAACAAUCUAAACCCAACGACGGCAAAUCCGAUCUCGUCGACACGAAGUUAUCCGGAAGAAAAUUAUUGGCGUGGACAGGAAGGGUAUGCAGCAGAGGAAUAUCCAACGCAGUCUGGAGCAUACCCAAGAGAAAGACACAAUCCAUACCCAAAAAACCAUUGA